AUGGAUUUAGCUGGAUUACUGAAAGAAGCACAGUUUCACGGCGCUAAAAGGCUUUUUGAGAAUAGAUUCAGAUUACUAUGGACAGUAGCAUUGGGAGUGCUUUUCAGUUGUUCUGUGACAGUAGUUUGGAUUACCAUAAAGCGUUUCUUGGAGAACCCAACAUUCAUAGUUCAGAUGCAAAGUUCUCAGGAUGUGAUGCCGUUCCCAUCGGUUUGGAUUUGUCCCGAAAUCAGUUUUCCGGAACAUAAAAUGGACGAGUUCGCUAAUAAACUUAAUUACCCAGAAGGUAUAAACGCAAGUUAUUUCAAAAGUAAAUUAAGACAGCUGGCCGCUUUCUACUCGCCCGACGUAGUCUACAAUGUGAGAGAUCUACAAAGAAUAGAAUAUGUUUUGUACUAUAACAACCUGGUGGAUAUGGAGGCUACUGGGAGGAGACUCAUGACGUCGUGCGAGGAAACUCUGAUAAGAGAGAUGCAAGAAUACGAAAUCCACGCUACAGUAGAGAAGAAAGUUUUUUUAACUGAACGUUUUGGAUUAUUCAGCGGCCUGAUGCUAGUUGUGAACCAGACGCAGAAACUAGACAGCGUGGACUUGUCUUAUAAAUGGUUGGCUUUACAAAGCAGUCAGCACUUCGUCGAAUCCACAGUCAACGGUACCCCGUUGAACCCAGGCACAGAAAAAUGGGUCAGCUACCACUUCAAGGGCUACCAGAUCGCCGACGACGCUAAGAGCCUCAGCAUUAUUCUGCGCCAAUGUCGUCUCGCAGAGGAGCCCCUGAAAUACUUCCCAAUAUAUACGAAGGAAUACUGUAUAAUAGAAUGUGAGAUGGAGCGCACUCUAAGGAUGUGUGGUUGUGUACGAAUCGUGCAUCCAAAACGACCUGGUGUUUCGUAUUGCAAAUCUCAAAAUCUUUUCUGUGCUCAGCAUGCGAUGGUGGCAUUUGACAGUAAUGACUGCGACUGUCCACAAGCUUGCGACGUGCCCUCGGAGCAGGUCAUUACCAACACCUUCUAUAUGAAUUCAGAAGUGCAGCCUUUGGAUACAUUUUACAAAGGUUUAGACUUCAACAAAGUGACCGUCGUAAAGAUUUUUGUGCAAAAUCGUGAAACAACCGUCAACACUCGCUGGUCUUACUUCAGUUCCAUUGAUUUGUUCUCUCAGCUCGGUGGUGUCUUCAAUGUAUUCUUCGGCGUAAGCAUUCUCACAGUAUUAGAGCUGAUCCAAUUAGCGUACCAUGCUUUUAAAUCUAUUAGAGCUAAAUACAAAAUAACUGUACAGAACAUUGCAGCUGAGCAGGAAAAUAUUCCAAACGAUAUACGUAGUCCAAAAACUAAAAAAACACGCUUAAAUAGUAAAGCCAACUAA